AUGAUUGCGACAGCAUGGACAUUUAUGACUUUGAUGUCGUUGCUCACUAACUUCAGACAUAGGAGGUUAACAUACAGAGGAUGGAUACCAUACGAUUAUUCGUCUUAUAUAAAAUUUUGUCUUACAUAUGGUCAACAACUAUUAAGCACGUUCCAUGGUGCUUCCAUAAAUGUUGCUUGCGAUACUCUCUUGUGCGGGUUCUUAAUGCACAUAUGUUGUCAAAUUGAGAUUUUGGAGUAUCGCCUAAAAAAACAUUUAUGCAAUCAAUUUAGUCUGGGCUAUUGCAUACGCCACCACAAUCGAAUUUUUGAAUAUGCUCAAUUAGUGAACGUGAGAUUUACAAAAAUAGUCGGAUUUCAGUUUAUGGCAAGUACGAUGGUAAUUUGCUGCAAUUUGUAUCAAUUGACCGAUUCGGCUUUGAGCGCAAAUCAUAUUCCAUUAAUUAUGUACACAUGUUGCAUGCUGACACAAAUAUUUAUUUAUUGCUGGUUUGGAAACAAAGUCAAAUUCAAGAGUCUUCAACUGACGGACAGCAUCUUUCAUAUUGAGUGGCCAAUUUUAAACAAUAACAUUAAGAAGAGUCUCUUAGUAAUUAUGAAGCGUGUAAUAAUACCUAUUGAAAUUUCUACUGUAUAUAUUCUAACUAUAAAUUUGGAUUCUUUUGUGGCGUUGCUUAAAACAUCGUACUCUGUUUACAAUUUAUUGGUACGAGUGCAAGAAUACUAA